ACUUCCGGUUGAGUGAUCUGUAUAUAAAGACACCCCUGUACUCUCUCUGUUUGUCUGAUGGGCUAUUUUGACUUUCAUCAUGCUUCUACUGCUGUCCCCGUUUUGUCUCCUUCUCCAGGAGCUUCUCCCUCCUACAGGAGCGUCUGAGAGCGGUAUCCUGGGAGGGGAGACCGCCAAGCCUCACUCCCGGCCCUACAUGGCCUCCCUGCAGGUCCGUGGUGCUCACACCUGUGGGGGCUUCCUCAUUCGGAAGGACUUCAUCCUGACUGCAGCUCACUGCACAAAAGAAUGCAAAGAAAUCACAGUGGUGCUUGGAGGUCAUGACAUCUCCAAGAAGGAACCUUCUCAGCAGAGGAUAACGGCGCAAAAGUGUUUUAGAUUUCCUGGAUAUGCACAUAAUAAAUAUGAUUUUGACAUUUCACUUAUAAAGCUCAUGAAAAAUGCUACUCUAAAUGAGAAAGUGAAGGUGAUAGAGCUUCCAGCGAAGAGGGAAGACGUCCCGGAUGGUACCAAGUGUCUGAUUCCAGGAUGGGGGUGGAGAGUCCCUGAUGCGUUAGCAGAGAAGGUUCUUCGAGAGGUCACGCUCCCCAUCCAGAGCAGUAAAGGCUGCAAAACGAAGUGGCAGAAAUAUUUAAAGCCUGGAAGAAUGCUGUGCACCUACUUUGAUGGCAAGAAUGGGAUCUGUCAGGGUGACUCAGGUGGACCCCUCGUUUGCAAGAACAAAGCACACGGAAUAGCAGCAAUGACAGCCAUUCCAUGCACUGCACCAUAUCCCGACAUCUACAUGAAGGUUUCCUCUUUCAUCACCUGGAUAAACCAAAUAAUGAACCAGAAAUACUCAGCACUGCAGCGCUCUCCUCGCCUUUUCUGCAUGCCAGUCUUUACCGGCACUUAUGGCCACAAGGACCUAAACGCCUGCACGCUGUCUGUCUGUCAGUCGGUGAAUUUUAAACUUCCAGAACUCAUCAUGCUCCUGCAUCUGUCUCUGUUCUGUCUCCUUCUCCAGGAGCUUCUCUCUCUCACAGGAGCGUCUGAGAGCGGUAUCCUGGGAGGGGAGACCGCCAAGCCUCACUCCCGGCCCUACAUGGCCUCCCUGCAGGUCCGUGGUGCUCACACCUGUGGGGGCUUCCUCAUUCGGAAGGACUUCAUCCUGACUGCAGCUCACUGCACAAAAAACUCCAAAUCACUCACCGUUGUGCUUGGAAAUAACAACAUUAAGAAAAAAAAGUGGUUCAGGCGGGCAACUAUAAAGAAAGUAAAACAGUGCUACAGCCAUCCAAAUAAUUCAAAAAAUCAGUAUGACUUUGAUAUUGCGCUCUGCAAGCUUGCGAAAAGUGUUACUCUGAAUAAAAAAGUGAAUGUCAUAGAGCUACCAAAGCAAGGAGAGAAUGUCCAAGAUCAGACCAAGUGUCUGAUUCUUGGAUGGGGGAAGACAAAUCCUAAUGGGGCUGCAGAGGACAGCCUUCGAGAAGUCACCGUCCCCAUCCAGAGCAAUGGAGGAUGCAAAAAAUCUUGGCAUGACCACUUCAAUGAUAAAACAAUGCUGUGCACUAAGGCUGACAGCAAAAGGGGCUUUUGUCAGGGGGACUCAGGGGGCCCUCUUGUUUGUAACAAAAAGGCAUAUGGGAUAGCUUCAUUCACUGCAGACCCCUGCACUGCACCCCAUCCCAAUGUUUACGUCAAGAUUUCCCAUUUCAUUCCCUGGAUAAAUGAAACGAUGAAGAGAAACUAGAACGUGUGUAGUGAUGGGUACCAGGCGGCAGGAUGUCUUCAUGGUUUAAGCUUUAAUUUCCUUUUAGCAUGCUAGUGUAGCGCCUUACAAACUUUUUUUAUGUUGCACUCAUUUAUUCGUAGUUGUUUCACAUUUUGCUUUUUGGUGUAACAUUUAACCUGUGCUUAAGCUGAUAUUUUAUAAUAUGUAAAGACCCAUAGAGUGAGCUUGAAAUGCAUCCAGCCACAAUUAAAUUAUUAUUAAUUAAAAAAUGUACAUCAUUAUCCCCUUUAAAUACUUGGAAAGUGAUACUUCUCCCAUGCAUUAGGCUGUUAAAAUCCAUACCGACAGACAUCCCUGUGUCGACAGAUAUGAACCAACGGAUAUAAACCAAGAAAUUAUGUAUAAUGUAGAGUAUGCCAUUAUUGGUUAUCUGCACAAUGCAGCCACAUGCUUGUCUGAAGCAAUGUGGAUCUAUGGGUGGGCCUGUGUGAGUUUCUUGCUGCUCGUGCAAGAUUUAACCCAGGCCCACUCAUCAGUCACCUCCGCUGGUCUGAAUGUUGCUUCUAAAGGCUCUACUGUCUGUGUUUGAGUUGUCAUCAUCAUCAUCAUCAUCAUCAUACUUCUUUUCUUGGCUGCAUUAUUUGUAACCCAGACCCAAUGGAAUAUAUUCAAGGCCAAGGUCUUUAACUCCAUGCCUUGAGGGCCAAACCCCUACACAUUGUUGUGGUUCUCCUCAUUUAACAACCCAGAUUCAACUCCUUGUGCUAAUUACCACACAGCUCUUGAAUGGAAUCAUUUGUGGAGAAACAGGGAGAGAACUGAGCUUCCCUCCUGGACUGGAGUUUGACCCUCCUGUUCUAGGUCUUUUAUAUUUCCAGAGUAACAUUUCUGACUGGUAAGCUUUUUUGUUUUGUUUUGUAAAUUUCCUUAUAUGCACGCUUUUUGUUUUGCUGUUGUGUACUGACGCUGGCAUGAACACAUUAAACAAUGCAUCACCAAAAAAUAAAAUAAAAAUCAUCCUUCUGACUGCCA